UGGCUCCAGUGACGGUGACGCGACUGGGGGGACUCCGGCCACGGCUGCGGCGGCCGGGCGGACUCCGUCUGUCGCCGGCGAUGCUGGACCUUAUGACCCUGAAGGUACUUCCGGUCGUAUUUGUGAUAGUGAACAUGGUGAGCCUGUAUCUGAUCUACAGCUUCUAUCACCUCGUCCCCUUACUGCAGAACACUGCCACGUACCAUGAUGGCUUGAUCCAGGCAGCAGUGUUCAAUGGCAUCACUCUGAUGAUGCUUCUUUGCUAUGUGAGAGCGGUGGCCACGAAUCCAGGGAACAUCCCUUCAAAGGAGGUUGAUGCAUCCUGGGAGUAUGUGCCAGACCGCGACGUGCAGCAGGUGGAAACAAAGGAGAAGAAAAGGACGGGCGAGCGAAGGCACUGCAAAUGGUGUGCUAAGUACAAGCCAGAUAGAUGUCAUCAUUGUCGUGUCUGCAAGACCUGCAUCUUGAAGAUGGAUCAUCAUUGCCCGUGGAUCUACAACUGCGUGGGAUUCGGGAACCACAAGUACUUCUUUCUGCUUCUGCUGUACUCUGCAGCUGCUUGCAACUUCAUCACUCUGACCAUGAUCCCGACGGUGGAGUCUGCCGUGCAGCAGAAUUCCGCGUUCACGCAGAUGUUUUUGGUGCUCUUUGCGGAGACGCUCUCUGCCUUCUUGGGCAUCCUGAUCACUUUGUUCUUCCUCUUCCACAUUUGGCUCAUGCUGCAGGCCAUGACCACCAUCGAGUUCUGUGAGAAGAACACCAAGAACCAAAGUUACGGGAGCUCCGUGCACGACCGCGGGAUCAACGGCAAUAUCAGAGCAGUCCUUGGGGAUUGGAUGCUGCUCUGGCUCCUGCCGGUGUCGCCGCCCGUGGGCUCUGGCACCAACUUCGCCGAGGAUGGAGAUCCCUUCAUCACUCGUGCCUUGGAGCCGGAGCGCGGUCGGUCGAGACGCAAGGCGGGGUAUGGCGCCGUGACGAGCGGCAAAAGGCAAAGCAAAGGAGGACGGCGAGAGAUGUUCUCUGGCUAUGGCGAGGACAUCGUGUGCUUUGACGCACGGGACUUGAAGCCCAGAUCAGGCCCACUCUUCGUGUGAAUCUGUACAGACAUGUGAGAGCUCCAUAAUGCAGCAUUGGCAACGGCUGGCCAAAGUCACAUGCAUG